AACCCCAUCGCCGCUCCACAUCCCAAACAUUUGAUAGUCGCGCUCAAAAGUGAUACCAAAAGUGCAUCUUUCGCUCAGUUUUGUUCGUUGGAUCAGUUUGAGUGCAAAAAAUGCGUCCUCCGACCCAAUUCGGUGACAACAUCGCCGCCGAGGCCGAGUCCGAGCCCGACCCCAGAGCGGUGUCGAUGAUGAUCUGCACCAGGUUGGCCGGAAGGGCCGUCAUCAGAGUGGUCGGCCGGUGCAACGAGGCCCAAGGAAAUAACAAUCUCGAUCUCUCAAAUUGCCAAUUGAUGCAAGUCCCCGACGCCGUCUACCACCUCAUGCGUCACACCGAACUGAAAACCUGUGAUUUAAGUGAUAAUGUGAUUACGAAAAUACCUCCGAAAUUCGCCGUUAAGUUCAGCUCGAUAACGGACUUGAACUUGUCGCACAAUCAAAUGGCGAAGCUUCCGGACGAAAUCGCAGACUUGGGCGCGCUGGAGCGGCUGGAUAUCUCACACAAUACCUUUAUUUCCUUGCCAGAUUGUAUAUUCAAAAUCAGCAAACUGCAGCAACUCAACGCCAGUAAUAACCACAUAAUUGAUUUCGAUGUGGAGUGCAUGGAGAGAGCGCCCUCGUUAGAAACGGUAGACUUAAGCAACAACCCCUUGUCUCCGCGAUGCCACGACCAGUGUUCGGCGAUAUCCAGGAUCAGGAUAACGCUGACGCCGAGAGAGAAAGAGGACUGGGAAGAUCUCACCGUUUAGCCAAUGACAAUCGUGGCUUUUCACUGCCUUUGCUAAUCAAAAACUGUUUCAAUGCCAGGUUGGGACACGUGCAAUAAUCUCCCUUUUGAGACAUUUUUGAUUACUUCUGGUAGCUCAAUCCCAAAGCAGGGUGCUAAACCUAAGGCCUGUUAGUCUAAUUUAAAUAAAGUAUUUGUAUUUUUUAUAAUUGAUAUUGUAGUUGAAACGUACUAAUGACGAGACGGUGAGUCGUGAUCUUUUGUUUUAUUUCUUUCGUUUAAGGUCGGAUUCACGGUUUCGCAGAUGUGUGUAUUAUUUUGUACUGACACUGUGUUGUUUAUAUUAUUGUAUAUUUAUAAUUAAUUCAAGUUGAUUUUGUACUUAUUUGACAGAGUUUCGGCGAUUUCAUCUAGUCAUGUUGUGAUAGGGACGCGUUGGCGUCUUUGUAGUGUCUAGAUGUGUCCAAAUGAUGGAAAAAAGUGUCAAAUAAAUGAACAAACACGAAA